CUCCUGCUCCUUGUGCUGGCUACUGGGCGCUGGGGUGCGGCGGGCGCCGGGGUCCGCGCGGCUGGAGGAUUAGCUGAACCAUCCUUUGUUGCAAAAUAUGAAGAUAGUUUGUUUAAGGAUUUAUUUCAAAACUAUGAAAGAUGUGUUCGUCCUGUAGAACAUCUGAAUGACAAGAUAAAAAUAAAGUUUGGCCUUGCAAUAUCUCAAUUAGUGGAUGUGGAUGAGAAGAAUCAGCUAAUGACUACAAAUGUCUGGUUGAAACAGGAAUGGCUAGAUGUAAAGUUAAGAUGGAAUCCUGAUGACUACGGUGGAAUAAAAGUCAUCCGUGUCCCUUCAGACUCUCUUUGGACCCCAGAUAUUGUUUUGUUCGAUAAUGCAGAUGGGCGUUUUGAAGGCGCCAGUACAAAAACGGUCGUCCGAUUCGACGGAACUGUUACCUGGACUCCACCAGCCAACUACAAAAGUUCCUGUACCAUAGACGUCACAUUCUUCCCAUUUGACCUCCAAAACUGUUCCAUGAAAUUUGGUUCUUGGACUUACGAUGGGUCACAGGUUGAUAUCAUUUUAGAGGACCAAGAUGUAGACAAGAGAGAUUUUUUUGAUAAUGGAGAAUGGGAGAUUGUGAGUGCAACUGGAAGCAAAGGAAACAGAACUGAUAGCUGUUGUUGGUAUCCUUAUGUCACUUACUCAUUUGUCAUUAAGCGCCUGCCUCUGUUUUAUACCUUGUUCCUCAUUAUACCUUGCAUCGGCCUCUCAUUUUUAACUGUCCUUGUGUUUUAUCUUCCUUCAAAUGAAGGUGAAAAGAUUUGUCUCUGCACUUCAGUUCUUGUCUCCUUGACUGUGUUCCUCCUUGUGAUUGAAGAGAUCAUACCCUCCUCUUCCAAAGUGAUACCACUGAUUGGAGAGUAUCUGGUGUUCACCAUGAUCUUUGUGACACUGUCAAUUAUGGUGACUGUCUUUGCUAUCAACAUCCAUCAUCGCUCUUCUUCAACACACAAUGCCAUGGCUCCAUGGGUACGCAGGAUAUUCCUUCACAAGCUUCCGAAACUGCUCUGCAUGAGAAGUCAUGUCGAUAGGUACUUCACUCAAGAAGAGGAGACUGAGCGCAGCAGUCGGCCAGAAUCGCCGAGAAACACUUUGGAAGCUGCACUUGAUUCUAUUCGCUACAUCACCAGCCAUGUCAGGAAGGAGAACGAUGUCCGUGAGGUUGUUGAAGAUUGGAAAUUCAUAGCCCAGGUUCUUGAUCGGAUGUUUCUGUGGACUUUUCUUCUGGUUUCAAUUGUUGGAUCUCUUGGGCUUUUUGUCCCUGUGAUUUAUAAAUGGGCAAGUAUAAUAAUCCCAGCUCACUUUGGAAAUACAAAUAAGUGAUAUAAAGGCACAUGUAUAUUAUGGCACCUGUAAAAUUAUGAAAAUGUAAACUAUAUUUAAGAUUUCAUGCCAGCUUUAACAGAUUAACAGCUGCUGACACUGGUUUAUCUUAAUGAGUUGCCUAUUAGAACAUCUUACCCGCAUGCCCAAAGUAGUGAUUAACCAAAUAACGGCUGACCUUCUAAUAAUAGCAAGAUACUGUGUUGGUAAAAAUCGAAUGUUUGUAUCUUAGAAAAUAAUACUAAUUCAUAGUUAACAGUGAAGUGCACCUUUUGGUUGUGCUGGAAAAUUCCUGUUAUAUUUGAAAACCAAUUUCAACUUUUUAUGCAUAUGAUAAAAGUGCAUUUUAAAUUCUGUCAUGUAUUCACUGGGAAUCUUUAGUAUAUUAUACUUCUGUAUUAAAUAAACUACUUGGUGUAAUAACAAUUUAAUGUGAGGUUGCUUAUUUAUAAAUGAAACUUAGGGAAUCCUUUAAGGCUUUACUGUUUUCUUGAGAUGUGCUUAAACUAAAUUAUUGUAGUAACUAUUUUUAUAGCUUACCUUCCAUUAUAAAAACAUAUAAUAGAUAAGUUUUAGGGACAUAAAGUAGCCUAUGCUUAAUAUUAAUUUCAGUCACCCUUUUUUUAUAGAACCACCUUCUAUAUUAUUUAUGGUAGCAUCCUUUUUCUUUAUCUUAGAAGAGUCCAUGACAAUCAAGUGAAUACCAUCUUUAAAAUGUGUGGGCAUCCUAGUAUAUCAUUCUUUGAGAAAACGAUCUCCCAAGACUAAAAGAUGGCAUUCCAAUUAGGUAUAAGCACAUUGUUACAUACCUGUAAUGUUUUUA